GCUUUUCGGUUUUAGAUUUUUUAUUUUAUGCAUGCUUCAUUUAACUUUAUUUAUUUAGAUAAUCAUUAAUGGCUCAGAUAAAAAUACAUAUGAAUAUAACUUGGUAUUAAAAAAUAAAUCAUGUUGAGGUUCCAACCCACCAUGCAAGAUCUACAAAUUAGAAGGAGAAACGCUGCUAUAAAUGGGAAAUCCUUUGUUUCGUUUAAGUUAAUUUCUCUUAAGGACCACCUAAACUCGUGCUUAACUGCAUGACCCGUUUAGGAGGACUAUUUUGUGAGAUCCUCACAUUAUUAUAACUGCUAAGCAGAAUAGAGAAAAAAAGCCACCCUCUCUGGCUCUUAAACGGGCCUUUGUUUCUGUUAUGGCUCAAAAUGGACCAAACAAGCUGUCAGCGUUUAAAAGGAGUCGUGAUGGAUCACUAAAUUCACUGAGCUGACUGUUUCAGGAACCCUGCCUCAUUCAGAGUCGGCCCUGCACGUCUGACAAGCAUAAAAAAGGAGAUUCGGAUUGAAAGCUGAGAAACAGCAACUGCUCGACAAAAUAAAAAGAGAUACUUUUUUUUUUUUUUUGUUUACCAGGAAAAAAGACGUUUCAUUUAUUCAAAAAAACCAAACAAACAAAAUGCAGAGCCCUAAUUAUUGGAUUGGAAACACAGAAUUAAUGUAUGUAACCACGGACAAUCAGGUCUUACCCUCCCAACGCACCAAGUAGUACCACAUCCAGUGCGACAUAAAAUUGAAUUGUACAAUAGCAGGGAGAUGGUAUUUCAAUUUGUAUUAUUACUAUUGUUAGCGGUAUUAUCGACUUUUUUUUUUAUUUUUUACCUUUAUCUUAUUAUCUUUUUCUGAAUACACUUUUAUUAUUGUAGUUAUUAACAGUAGCGCUGCUACUAAGAGUAUUUUUUACUAUGCAUUUUAAUUGUUUUGUUUUUAUAUUUAUUUUUAUUUAUUAAAGUUCUUUUGUAGAGUGGUAUUAAUAUUAAUAUUGUUGUUGUUGUCAUUAUUAUGUCUUUUUUUUUUUAUUGCUGCUCAUUUGGAGAGAGUCUUUAGUGCACAUGUGUCCUGAUGUUUGUGUUCCUAUCAUAGAUGAGCCACUUUGAUUGAAGCGUUUGUCAUGUAAAUGCGGCCCUUUGAUGGACGAGGCUGCAGACUUGACAGAGUGCUGUGGCUCUUUUGCCAUUGGCGUUUGGUUGGUCACAUGGUGUGGUCAGGAAGGCGAUAUGAGGAUGGAAGGCAGUUUUUUUUUUACAGCUUUGACAUACUGCCUAAGGUCAGGGCAAAGGGAGCUACCAUCAAUGACGGCUCACUCCUGAUCAGGUCUGAAACAAAUAAACCAGGCCCAAGUACUAGGAUGAACUCCUACUUAGACUAUCCGGUGUGCAGCCGGGGAGGAAAUAUUUUCAGUGCAAAAUCCGGAUACUCCAGUUUAAACCACGGCUACUCGUCGUCCAACUCUUGCGCAACAAGUGAUAGUUACGUACCGGACGGGUGUUUGGUGUCUCACCAGGCUCCGAGCGUCCCUCUGCACCACCAACCGCACAAUCUGGAUCUACAGUUUUCAGCAGCAGGAAACCCUAUGUACGGCUCAACUCUGGAGUACGGACACCACCAGUACGGCCUCGCCCCGGACCAGGACCGGAGCUUCAUGCACGCACAGGUCUCUCCUCUCGGAAUGAGCGUGGCUCCUUACCCAGGGGACACAUUUGGGCCCGGCCAGUAUGUCCAGUAUCCGGAUCAGAGGCAGCAGGAGUAUUCAGAGAGUGUUUAUAGGAGGUUACCACCUCAGUGUAAGGAGAAGGACCAGGAGCAUGUGGAGGAGACUUCUAAAACUUUCGACUGGAUGAAAGUGAAGAGGAACCCCCCUAAAACAGCUGUUCUGUCAGAGUUCGGGGUUUCGGGCCAGCCCAAUGCGAUCCGCACCAACUUUACCACCAAGCAGCUGACGGAGCUGGAGAAGGAGUUCCACUUCAACAAGUACCUGACGCGGGCGCGGCGGGUGGAGGUGGCGGCCAGCCUGGAGCUCAAUGAGACGCAAGUAAAGAUCUGGUUCCAGAACCGCAGGAUGAAGCAGAAGAAGCGGGAGAAACUCGGCUCCGUCUUGCUCAGCAGCACCCCGCCGGAAAAACUCCCUGAAACCUCCUCCCAAAAUACUAAACGGGAAAAACUGUGAACUGUGAUGGGACUUUAAAAAGCAGUUUUCCACAUUGCGCCAUUCUAGGAAAAAAUAAAUACGAAAAGUGCUUGUGGACUUGUAAAUCUUACAGGGUAUGGCCGGGUGCAGCAUUCUCUUCUGUACUGAAAGUUUCUAAUAUUUUCAUCAAUUCUUUUAAUUUUACUCCUC